UUGAUUAACAGAAGCUUCUCCAUCACCAAUGGUCACCAGAAAGCGUCGCUGACGAAAGUACGGGCGUGUUAAUGAAAUAAUCCGCAUUCACCGCCGGCCCCUAUUCCCGACCAGGGUGACCGUUUUGAUAGGCGGCGGUCCGGGCAAUGCAGGCCGAUUCGCCCCCGCCGCCGGUACUCCCGCACCUCGACCUCUCCAACUUUGAGAGCCCGCGAGCGGCGCGCAGCAGCCGGUACGUGUUGACCAGCCCGCGCUCGCUGGAGGCUUGCGCGCGCCGCGGCCUGCAGCCCGUCCAGCUGCUGUCACGGCCGCUCGACGAGUGGGCACGCGAAAACCCGCACGAGCCGCUGCGCAACCUCCAGCAUCGGUGCCGGGAGCACGAGCGGGAGCGCCGGAGGUGGCUGAGAGAGUGCAGAGAAGAGAGAGAGCAUAUCAUCGAGGAAGAAAAAACUCGAAGAACGCCCCUGCCAACUUUUGUAAAGUUUGAUGCUCAGAGAUCUACCAGUGAAUCAGGUUUCCCCAACAGUUAUGUUUUGGAUGCUCUCCAUGAAGGACAGAGUUCUUCAAAUGUUCCUCUGGCAGAUGACAAGAGCGCAUUAUCUGAUUGGGCUGUUUCAAGAGAAGGAAGUAAACAGCCAGAAGAUAGGCAAGCAUCUGCCCAGGUGAAAAGGAAAGAUUCAAAGGACACCAGUAUGGUUGGGUAUUUUCAAAGGAACACCAAUCUUGGCGAUUUAAGGCAGUCCCCUGCCACAGCAAGGAAACUGGACAAGCUGGUCAGUGAGAUCCGAAGGGAGUCCAAUGUAAUCAUUCCUGAACGUGAUCGAAAGAUUGCUGCUUUAAUGCUGGUUAAGCAUCAGGAAGAGCAAGAGAGGCUGGAGAAGCGUCUCAAAGCCCAACAGUUUUGGGACAAACUGAAGCGAGCAGAAAGACUAGCACAAAUGAAGAAGGAAACUGAGAGGCAGAAAGGCUUAAUCAAAAGUAUUGGCAGGUGGAAAAAAGAGCAAGAAAUGAGACAGUUCAAGAUACAGCAGGAAAUAAAACAGAUGGCCGAACUCCGAGAGAAGGAUGUCAUUUUGAAAGAAAACAAGUGGAAGAUGUUAGCUGAGACACAAAAAAUUAAAAAAAAGGAAAAACUAGAUCAAGCUAAGUAUGAAGCUGAAAUGCGUAAAUCUCAGCAGAAGCAUUUGUGGAAGCAAACAGAAGCCAUCAAGCAAGAUAGCAAAGAGCACGAAGUACAGGAGUUACAGGCAAAGCUGUCAAAAGCCGCCCAGAAACGGCUUCUGAAAGAAAUGAGCAACCAGAAUAAAAUUAAAAUGGAGAAUGAGCAUGAGAAGCUGAAACACAUGAUACUGAAAAAUGAAAUUGACAACCUGACCAAAACUGAGGAGUUGAUGGUGAGGAUGUCACUAGAGAGAAAGUUUUUAAAAUUUAAGGAAAACCACAAACAUUUGGUGGAAGAAAGAAAAAGAAUGCUGAAAGAAAAGGCAAUUAAGGAAGAACACCAGAUACUGCAAGCCAAGCUAAAGGCCGAAAAACUAGAACAGGAGCAGAAAGAACGCAAGGAAGUGUUGGCUGAAAUCUCUGAAUUUAAAAUUGAACAAGCCCAGAAAACUGUGUUGAAGAGCAUCCAGAAUAAAGUCCUGCAGGCUCAAAAGAGCAGAUCAGAAAAGGAGAAGAUCCACCAGCAGAUCAAAAAAAGGGUUGAGGAGGAGGAGGAAAUAUACAGGCAAGCAAUGAAAGCAACUAUUGAGAAGAAAGACAAGAGAACUGAAGAAAUUUUGAAAGUAAAGGAAGCAACUAUUGAGGAGUCCCGUCAAGCUGCCAGGGCAGCCUUCCAAAUGAGGGAACGAGUGAGAGAGUAUAUCAACAGCCGGUCUUUUGAUCAGAUGGCUAUGGAAGCUGAACUUUGGGCCAGCUUGGUGAAAAAGAUAGCAUAUUAAUAUCUGAAAAUGAGUAAGUAGCUAGAAUGGUAAUUUUCCUUCAUAGAUAUGUUCCUGUGUAAAGGGAAUGAUAUUGGGCUUUGAAAAUUAAGAGAAAAUUUUACUUUUAGACAAGGCAUAAACAUGGACUCUUGUGUACUGAUUAAUUGUAGACCAUGGGAUAAUCAGUUUUCUCAAGGAAGUUAAAUAUUCUGGGGAUCUAUUUCAAGAUAUGUUCUGUGAAUUUUGAUUUGUGGCAGAAUUACAGUUAAGUGAAAAUUCCUGAGGCAUUUUCAUGACCACGUUCAUAAAUGAGUGUUUUGAAGCUGUAGAAAAUAUUGGCCCUAUUGUCAACUAGACAGUGCUUUACUUGAGAAUGAUUUGAUUUCAUAUCCACAGAGCAAGUUUCUGUAUUGCUUUUCAGGAAGGAAAAUCUGUGAACGUUGGGCUAUCCAUGAGAGAUGUCAUUUUCAUAGUAUUUAAACUCUUGUACAAUGUUUCGGUCACUGGCACAACAAUCUGCAGGAGGGACUCAGUAGGUUAAGAAGUAUCUGUUGGGUGUGUAUUGGAGGGAGGAAUUAUCAAUGUUUCAUUUUGAAUACCUGAAUCAGGACUGAGGGUAAAGAGGUAAAUAUGACUGCUAUAAAGAGGAGGGGGAGCUGGUAAGACAGACGACAGAGGUGAUUGGUGGACUGUUGCAGACUUAAAGGAUGACAAACUGAUUGAGCCAGAUAGGAAAGGGGAUAGGUUUUGGUGAGGAGAGAAAAUACAAACAGGGUGAGCUGUGGAGCACUGGAAGAAGUGGGGAGAGAGAGAGCAAGAAUACGUUCCUUCUUCCUGUCUCCUUCCAAUCCUCCUUAUGUUCCUCUGUUUGUUCCCUUCCCCAACACUCCAACUCCAUCAUCCAUCUCCAUCCCCUUGCCCAUUUCACCCACCUACCCACACAUUUCAACCACUAGUUCUUCCUUUCCCGAUAUAGUUCUGGUUCUUCCUGCCCUUCCACCUCUCCCCUAAUCAUUUCCACUAUCAUCACCCUAUUGGUCAAAUUCCAAUACUCGUAGCCUUUGUGUUCCUGUUUAUUACCCUCCAAAACUGUCUCUACCUUCACCCUCAGCUUCCCCUCCCCACCCACUUCCUGGCUCCAUCCUCCUUUCUUUGCCUGCCUCUAUUAUGUCUUCCAACUCCACUCCUGCCCCCUUGUCUCCCCUACCCACCCACACCUCUUCUAGCAAUCACCCCUGGUCUGACCAUUCCUUCUUCCCGGUUGGGUUGAGUUGUUCUCCGAUCUAGGCAAUUUACUUGCAAAUGUUUCGUUCCCCAUGCAAGGAGAAAUUGUCAGUGACCUGUUGAUUGUGGUGUGUCCUCUUGAGUAAUUGGCCUUCAUAUACUUUUCAAUCAGGUGAUUGUCAUUUCAGAAACCCAUUUGUGAUGUGGGGAGGAAAUCUUAUUGUUGGUUGGCUGUGUGGUGAACUUUGUGCAGUGUGGUCUGGAAUUGACAUAAAUAGGAUCGAGGUCUACGUGUUUGUUUACAGAAUUUUUAGUGGAAAACCACGCUUCUCUUGCAAGCUGCAUGGUUAAAUUUGUGCCCUUUUCAAUCUUUGUGGGUAGAGAUUAGGAAGAUUUAGUCAUGUGGCUUUACAGCUGGUUGAUGUUCAUGGAUCCUUGUUUUCUCCCAGUUUGGCCAACAUAAUGUUUGCUGAAGUCUCUGCGUUAGAACUUGUAGACCAAUUUGGUCCUGUCUAAAAGCUUGAUUCGUUCUUUUGAUCUGCAAAGUACUUUCCUCCACCCAUAAUUCUGAUGCAGGAUUUUGACCCAAGGCAUUGAGAAUUUCUCCUCACCCCAUACAGAUGAUGUGAGUUCCUCCAACUAAACGUUCGUUACUCUGAGUUUUAGCAUCUGUGGUCUCUUGUAACUCUCUGGUCAUUAGCAAUUGUGAUCGUGUACAAGGGAAGAUAAAGACAGGUUUAGUUUUGCAAAAGUCUGAUCUUGGUCAAGCUAUGCAAGAACUGAAAGCUUCCACUCUGCUGUACAUCUGAUUGCUAGUCUCUCCUUUAGUCUUGUGUUUUACCCCAUGCCUAUCCCCUCACCUACUGCUCCUUCAGUCUGUGCAUUACUGCUUCUUCUGGUUGUCAUUCCACCACCACUCUUCCACAAGCACGCACAGGGAGACACAGAAAGACAGGCAGGCAGACACACACACACACAGUGUUUCAUAGGGUCAUACACACACACAGGCAUUGACACACUCUUUCAGAGGGAAAUACAUACACACAAACACACACCAGUCUCUCUUGUAGAGACACACACAACAGUUUCACAGACAUGCAUACAGACACAAGACAGUCUGUCUCAAAGACAGACAGACAGACACAAUGAUGGAGUUUGGGAGUAUAGCGUCUGUUUCAAGUGUCUACUGUUGGGCAUGUAAGUUAUGUGAUCUGUUCGAAACAGUUAUCUGAGUAUAAUUAGGACAUCAGCAUUGAAGGUGCUAGGCUGGGAGAGGAUGCUGGCAUUAGUUUAGUUAUCUUGCCAGGAAAUUAUAGUUUGCUGAGGUAGUGGUGAUACCUUUCCAUUGCUUUCAAAUGCCUUUUAGCAGUAGUCCAUGUUACAGAAAUGCAUAGUAUGGCAGGAUCACUUGCCUAGGAAAGAUGAACUGUGUACUGAAUUUGGAAUUUUGAUUAUCAUUCAUUCUGUUCCCAAGUUGUCCAAAGGCUUCUGUGGCACACAAAGGGUUAAAUUCCUUUGCUAUCUGCUUUCAUUGAGAAGGUGCCCACAGAAAUAUGGAAGUGUUGGAUUAGUCAAGCUUGCUUUGCCAUUCAGUAUGAUCAUGGCUGACUGUCUAGCUCAAUGUUAUACUGUAUUCGUUUCUCUCUCCACAUUCACUGAUGACUUUGUGCCUUCUCCUUAAAUAUAUUCAUAACUUGGCCUCUACAACCUUCAAAUUCCACAGGUUUACCACACUGGGUGAAGAAAUUUCUCCCCUCUGACCAAAAUGUUUUGUCCCAUGUGCUGGGACUGUGGCUCCUUGUCCUGGACUCCUCAAUCAGAGGAAACAUCCUCCUUGCAUCUAACCUGGUUUUUAAAAAAAUAUAUUUCUGUGCGAUUUCCUUCUGAACUUGAGUCCAGCCUGUCCUCAAUCAGUGGUCUUACUGCCCCAGGAAUCAAGUGUAGAGGACUAUCUUUACACUCUCUUUAAACUGGUCACAAGAAAGCUCUGUAUAAUUGUGGUGAGAACCACAUCCCUUUGUACAUCAAUAUUACCCUUCUAUUAUUAUUUAAAUAAUGCUCAAUCUUUACAGUUUGCUUAAAUGGUACCUUGGAAUGUAUGCAAAUUAUACUGUACCUGCCUUGAAUCUGACAGUCAACUUUUUUUCAUAUCGUUACAAUUCACAAUUCAAAGCCCUGUCCCCAACAGCAAGGUUUAUGUCAUUGGCAAACUUCUCAGCAUCUGUAGAUAAAGAGCAGUAAGCAGCCUGCUGGAGGAACUCAGCAGGCUGAGCGGCAUCUGUGCAGGGGAAGGAGGUUAAAAAACAGGGGCAUUCUUUUUAAAAUAAUUGGGUGAAAAAUUGUGGAAAUUUUUUUCUCUAACAGCGUGGAAGUUCAAGUUCUGCAUGCAGGGGUUGUGGAAUUGGAACUCAUUGCCUGAAAGUAGAGCCAGGAGACCUCAUCACAUUUAAACAGUACUUGAAGGAUUGUGAACUGCAUAGCUGCAGUCCUAAUGCUGCAAGGUGGAUCUGGCCUGAAUUGCUUCUUUGACUAGAAUUGACAUGAUGGAUGAAUGGCCACCUCCUGUGCUGUAAUUUUGCUAUAAGAGACAGAUUACUGUUUUGUUAUGUAGAACCUUGAUGGAAGUUUCAUUAACUUGGCUUUGUUUAGAAGUUGGAGAAACAGAAGUGGCUAACAUUGAGGGAUGUUUUGAUGAGUCAGCCUUUAUGUCUACUUUGCAUGAGGUUACUGUAGUUUCUGGCUUCUUUGAAAAUUCUUUGUAUUCCUAACAUUUGUGACAUAAUACUGUGUGUCCAUUUGUUUUUAGUAGAAGACAGGAGCUCUAAAAAUCAGCACAGUGAACCUGAUGCACAAAAUGCUUUUAGAUUCUUAAUUGUAGUCUAUGUGUGAGAUGUAAUGGAACUGAAGCAUGCACUCAGUAGACUGAUAAUAAAGUUGAGACAAAGUUAAUUCCAUUAAGAAAAACAAAUAUUUUACCCACUAAUGCAAUUAAUUUCCAUCUGAUCUUCAUUUAAGCUCUUAUCCUUUAGAAUCAUAUUUGUUCUUUUUUGUUUCACUGCAGCUUUGUAGGAUAUAGUAGCAUUAGUGAUGACUCUCCACUAUAAGGGCAGGAACUCCAACUGCAACAUAUGAAUUAAUUA